GAACCUACCACCUCGUCAUUCCUGCCGACAACUCCUGCAGCAUUCCUUUCCCUUCUCCUGGCAUUAAGUGGGCCGCGAUUCUUCAUUCACUCGUUCCGUCGAUCGUUUCGUUUUCGUGUGGGUGUGGCACACACACGGAUGUCGGAUUCCGUGAGCCAGGAGCAGCAUCAGCACCUGAUGGCCCAGCAGUCGAGAGGUGUGGAGGUGGACGAGUACGGCUCGCCACGGUCGCCGCUCAACUCGUGCGGCACCACAUGGGAGCGCCGCAUGUCGGCGCAGCUUGUAUGGGUACGCACGGACGCACGGACGGACGGACGGACGGACAAACCUGCGGGAGGGAAUCAGACAGGAAGGCAGGCAGGCAGGCAGGCGCACAGGAAUCAUUGACGGAAGAAUGAAUUGUGGGUGUGUGGUGUGUGUCAUUCUUUGUGCAGCGUGACCGCAAUGAGAUCCCACAGCUGGACCCGAGUGUGGGUCUGCCGCACUCGGAGGCGGUCGAGAGCACCCUGACGGACUUCUACCAAAUCACCAUGUGUACGCAGACAGACAGACAGACACAGAGAGAGAGAGGGAGAUGAGUGACUGACACAGAUGGUGCACUGCACGCCGUGUGUUAUGACUGACAUGUGUGCCUUACUAAGGUUAUGCGUAUUGGAAGGCUGGCAAGGAGAAUCAGCACGCCGUCUUCGACCUGUUCUUCAGGAAAUGCCCGUUCCACGGGGUGGGUGAGGAGAGGGUCAGUCAGUCAGUCAGUGAGCAAAGCAAAGCACACACACAUGGACUGAUUGAUGGGUGGAUGGAUGGAUGGAUGAGUGACUCUGUGUGUGUGUGUGUGUGUGUGUGUGUAUGUGUGUCUGCAGGAGUUUGCCAUUAUCGCUGGUGUGGAGGAGGCCGUCCGUUUCCUCAACACGUUCCACUUCUCCAACGACCAAAUCGAAUACCUCAAGUGAAUCACACACACAAACACACACCAACAAAGACAAAACCAGCCCAGCGACCUGUGCGUCUGUUUCUUUGUGUGUGUGUGUGUGUGUGUGUGUGUUUAGGGGUCAGCUACCGACAGCCAAGGAGGGUUUCUUUGACUUCCUCAAGAAGCUGGACUGCUCCAAGGUCACCGUGUACGGUGAGUCAUGCGCCUGCCGUGGUGGUUGUGUGCCCGCCAUCUACGCAUCGGACCCAUAGUCUAAAGCCUUUGUGUGUUUGUGUGUGGGUCGAUUCGAUGGGCGUGCAGCGAUCCCGGAAGGCUCCAUUGUGUUCGCCAAGGAGCCUCUGAUGCGCAUCGAGGGGCCUCUCGCGGUCUGCCAACUCCUGGUGGGUGGGUGGGCUUCUUCCACAGCCGUCUGAUUUGUUUGUGUUGUGUGCACACGACUGCACUGUUCCUGUGUGUGUGUGUCUGUGCAGGAGACGCCUCUGCUCAACCUGCUCAACUACGCGUCCCUUGUGGCGACGAACGCAGCCAGGUCAAUCACAACUGACACACGCACUUGGUUCACGCAUUCAAUGCAAUGCAUGGGGGGAUAUACCUCGAUGGGCUUAUGGUGUGGAUGGAUGGAUGGAUGCAGGCACGCCAUGGCGAGUGCGGCCAACCCCGGCAACCGGCCCAUCCAGCUGCUCGAAUUCGGCACAAGGAGAGCGCAAGGUGCGCAGCGGGACAGACAGACACGUGUGUGUCCUGUUCACAUGGAUGGAUGGAUGGAUGGAGUGGGUACGUGUACGUUGUCGUGUCGUGUCGUCUUGUGUUGGUUGGCUGGUUGGUUCAGGUCCUGACGGCGCCAUGUCUGCGAGCCGUUAUUCGUAUCUGGGUGGGUUCCACGGCACUUCGAAUGUGCGCGCCGGACACCUCUUUGGCAUCCCUGUCGUCGGUAUGUGCGUCUCUGGUCUGGGUGGAUCCCAUACACACAGAUACAUGUGGGUCUCUGCCUCUCUCUCUUCUCUGCGUCUGUGUCUGUGUGUGUGUGUGUGUGUGUGUGUGAUGUGUAAUGUGCGUCAUGCCAGGGACCCAUGCGCACGCUUUCGUCACAUCUUUCGAAGGUAAGCAGGUGGUUUGCGCGUGUGUGGCGCGCGGAUGAAUGUGCGUGUUGUGUGUGUCAAUGAAUCAAUCAGGUCUGAGGGAUCUGGAGGGCGAGCCCAAGCCCCUCGGGACGUGCGAAGACUUCGUGCAGCUGGUUGGUACCAACCAUAUAAACCACACCACCAUCCAUCCAUCCAUGUGUGUGUGUGUGUGUGUGUGCAGGUGCUGCAGUACCGCGCCGAGUUCAACAGGAAGGUCGCCACCAAGCCCACCAUGCAGAACGAGGGGGAGCUCGCCGCAUUCAUCUCAUACGCACUGGUAUGUAUGUCUGUAUGUGUGUAAGGGUGUAUUUGCCGCACACACGGGCACUCUGUGUCUGCCUGCUCACGUGCUCUCUGUCUGUCUGUCUGUCUGUCUGUUUGUCUGCCAGUCGUUCCCCAAGAACUGUCUGGCCCUCGUCGACACAUACGACACCAUUCACUCAGGUACCUGAGUCAGUCAGGGAAUGACUGACCCUCACAGACGAUGGACGGCAUAUUAUGUCAAACAAUGCUAUGCUGCACACAUCACAUCCACACAGGCGUGUGCAACUUCCUGAUGGUGGCAUUGGCGCUCCAUUCGCUGGGCUAUAAGGCGCGGGGCAUUCGGCUCGACAGCGGCGAUCUCGCAUACCUCAGCAAGUAGGGACACCCACACGCGCUCACCCACACACGGGGAAGGAUUCUCUUUGUGCGCGUGCGCUGCUCACAGGGAGGCCCGGAAGCUCUUCAAAGCGACGAGCAAGGCGGUAUGUGUGUGUGUGUGUGUGUGGUGUGUGGUGUGUCUGUCUGCUUGAUGACGAACCACGUCUGCACGUCGUGCGUGCGUGCGUGUGUGUGUGUGUCAGUUCGACGUGCCGUUUGACAGCCUGGCGAUCGUGGCGUCCAACGACAUCAACGAGAAGGUCAUCAUGGCACUCAACCAAGAGGUGCGGUCAGGCAGGCAGGCAGACAGACAGACACCCUCACACACACAUGUUCAAGCGAUGAUAGGUGGACGGCUGCAUGGCAUGGCCUGGGUGUGUGUGUGUGUGUGUGUGCAGGGUCACGAGCUGGACAGUUUCGGCAUUGGGACGCACCUCGUCACGUGCCAGGCGCAGCCCGCUCUGGGAAUGGUACACUCGAGCAGUCAGUGCACUCACAGAAAUACGUAUACACACACAUGCCCCCGGGAGGAUGCGGUGCGGUUACUUACUGCACACUUAUUGCAUUGUGCGUGUGUGUGUCCGUGUCGUGUGUGCAGGUCUACAAGCUGGCCGAGCUCGACAGCACUCCACGAAUGAAGCUCUCACAGGUCAUUCGGUCACUCACCCGACCCACCACACCCGUGUUUGUGCAUUGAUUGCCAAUGCACUGCACUGCCCGCGUGUGUCCGGUCGGUCGGUCAAACAGGAUGUUGAGAAGACGUCCAUCCCGUGCCGCAAGGCCCUCUACCGCCUCUACGCGCGCAGCGGAGUGGCCGUUCUCGACAUGAUGCAGGUAAAUAGGUAAAUCCCGGGGACCCACAGUCAGUGGCACAUCCACAUCAAUCACUGACUUACACAUAGAACAAACGUCCCACAUUGGCCCCUCCCCGCUUGUCGUUCUCUGUGUGGUGUGAUGGGCCGUGUGGUGUGGUCAGCACUCGGCCGAUCCCCCUCCCAAAGAGGGCGACCGGAUCUUCUGUAGACAUCUCUUUGACGAGACCAAACGGUGCUACGUCGUGCCGAGCAGGGUGCGGCAGAGAGCGCACGACACGACACGGGCACUUCGGUCCGGUAUGGCUGUGACUGUGUUUGCAUGUCUGUGUGUGUGUGUGUGUGUAGGUUGAGCAGCUGUUGGUGUGCAUAUGGCAGGAGGGCAAAUCCGUCGGACACCGACCAUCACUCAAGGUGAGCACCAGAGAGGACAGGCAGGCAGGCAGGUACGGCGUGUGUUUCGAUUUGGCCAUCUGUCUGUCCCUAUCUAUCAUCUCCUUGCACACACAUAUGUCACAUCAGGAGUGCCGCGACCACUGCAUCCAGUCGCUGAAGAUGGUCCGCUCCGACCACCUGCGAACAGAAAACCCCACACCGUACAAAGUCAGUCAGUGUUCACAUGAGCGGAUGGCACACACACACACACACACAGAGAGAGAGAGAGAGCUCGAGCUCUUCUGUUCCGGUGCGUGUGUGUGCGUGUGUGUGUCAGGUGUCUGCGUCGGGUGUGUUCUACGAUUUCUUCAAGGAUCUCUGGCAGAAGACGAGCCCCAUUUUCGAGCUACAGUAGUAGUAGUAGUAGUAUUAUUAGAUGCACACCACCAGCAGCACAGUAGCCGACAGGACGGACGGACGGACGGACGCGUCUGUCUAUUUGUUUGCCGUGCGUGUGUGCGUGUGUGGAUGUGGGUGUCUGACGCGUGGCUUCGGUGCGGUGUGGUGUGGUGUACAGGCAGAAAGACAGAAAAAGAACACACACAAAGAGAGACAUAGCUUAGCUAGGUAGUCGGUAGGGAUUCUACGCUACACGCACAUGACAUGACGUGAUGCGAUGCAUGGUCCGGACGGCGGACGGCCGGGACAAAGAACGCGUUUCACACGACGUCGGUCGAUGGCUCGCUCUGUCAGUGUCGGUCUGGUGUAAAGCGGUGUAUUGUCUGCGCGUCCUUAAUUGCAUUACCUCC